AUGGGGAAAGUUUUGGUUGGAGAAGCCUACAACUAUGAGGCAGUCCUGGUUAAAACAGGAGCUAUCAACGCUCCCUUCAAGCUCAUCCCUCCAACCACAGCCCAUGGCUCCUGCUUCACCUUUCAGCCCCAGCAGGGCAUCAUUCCACGCAAUGGGAUCCUGCCCAUCCAGAUCUUCUUCAGCACCCUGGGGGAGUUCGAGGAAGAGUUCCAUUUCAGUGUGACGGAAUCCCCUAAGCCUGUGACCUUGACUAUCAGGGGCCACGUCACCGGACUGAGCCUGCAUUUCAGCACAGGUGGCCUCGACUUCAAUGACGUCUCCUUUGGCUUUCCUCAGACCUUGUCGUGCCACCUGAUCAACACCUCUGUGGUGCCCAUCACCUUCCACCUUCGCAUCCCUGAGGACGGCCAGGGACAGCCCAGCCUUACCAGCUUUGACCAAGUGAAAGACAACGCUCACCCCUCCUGGGAAAAAGGCACACUGGCUCCAUGUCAGGAGAAGCCAAUGGAAUUCACCAUAACACCCAGCGCAGGGACCAUCCCUUCCCAGGGAUCCCAGGAGAUCAGGGUCACGCUGUGUUCCAGUGACGUGGGACAGUACGACUGUGAUAUGGUGGUGGACGUGGAUGGUUUUGGCAAGGAGGUGUUGGCUCUGCGCCUCAAAGCCAGAUGUGUCGUUCCUGAGCUGCGUUUGCUCUCCUCCACCCUCGACUGUGGACCGUGCUCUGCAAAGGUCCCUUGCCAGAAGACGCUGACCCUUGUGAACCCGAGCCCCCUUCCAGGAUGCUACAGAGUUCUCCCUCAGAGACACCAAGAGGCCGCUGCUCUGUGGUACUCCAGCCCCAAGCCAUGUGGGAUUAUCCAGGGUCACAAGAUGGUGGAGAUCCCAAUUACAGCUGAAGUCCAGGUGGUGGGUGCUCAUUCCAUCCUGGUGGAUAUCGCCGUGUUCGGGAAGGAGAGAUCCCCACUGCAAAUGCAUUUAAUGUGCACUGGAAAGACGCCGCUUGUCUACGCAAGUGUGAAUAAGAUAAACUUCGGCGAGAUCCAAGCGAUGCAGGAGACUUCCCAAACUCUCCAGCUGUGCAAUCAGGGUCUCAUCCCUGCAGCCUUCAGAGCAGAGAUCGGUGGCAAAUGCUGGAGUAUUGAACCCAGGGAGGGAGUGGUCCCUGCCAAGGCUGAGGUUCCUGUGGUUGUCACGGCAAACCUGGGUGACACAGGGAGAUUUGAAGACAGCAUGAAGCUGUUCAUUGAGAACAGCCUUACCAGUGUCAUCCCCAUCCAGGCUGUGGGCACUGGCACCACAAUUACCAUUGACAAACCGUUUGCACCGGAGCUGAAUUUGGAACCCCAGUUCAACCUCGUUCCCUGCAUUUUCCGGUUCAACGUGACAAACAAGGGGUGUCAGUUCCAGCAGCUGUACUGGGGCACAGAAGGUUUCAGCACCUUUCGACAGCGUCAUCCUCUCCCUGCCCUCGGUGUCACCAAGGGCAAAAACGCUUCCCAGAGACCCACCACCCCCGUAUUUAAGGUGCAGCCACGGAGUAUGAAUCUGCAGCCAGGCGAGACUAUGGAGCUGGUGCUGGAAGGCUUCUCCAGCACUUGCCGCGGUCCGCCCGCUGCCUCGUCCUCCUCCUCCUCCUCCUCCUCCUGGGCAUCCUGGGGGCCCCAGCGCUGGGAAGACGUGGUGAUAGACAGAUACUAUAUCCCCAAAAUAUGCCUGCGGGAGGCGCAGAUGGGGGAUUUCAUUCGCUAG